GGGGGGGUCUGUCGGAACGUUAAAGACCUCGAUUUUCAAACACACUGAAAACUCUGCAGCUGGAAGAACUUCAGAGAAACCCUCUGAGGACUUCACACUAAGAUCCUUCACCUACUUCUUGUUCCACUUCCUUCAGGGAAUUUUACUUAACGAGGCCUCGAGAGACGGCGAACGGCGCGGGCGUGAAACGCCGACGCCAGGCGAGACCUGGACGGAUUAAACCAUAGACUUUUAAAUAAAGGGAAACACAUGAAGAAAGGAAGAAGGUUUCUUACGUUCGCUCUUCACUUGAAGGAGUUAUAAACCAAUGAGAAUGCAGCUGGAAUAAACUAUUCUGUGCUCAAGGUGCAUGAGCGCGUGAACAAACAAUGGCAACGGUGAAAACGCACAAACAGGAACUGAUGAAAUCCUACGGCGUUACGUCCUGUCCCUUUUCCUCACGUGAGGUCUCUCACUUUUAAUCUGUGAGCGCGUUGCCUGUGAGCUUUGUGUCUGCCUGACAUGCACAGAUGGGACGCUUUAUUGUGUUCAGUUGCCAUUCCGCUGGAACUGAACCUUCGCCUAACUUCUUAGCCAAUCAGAAUAAGGGCUCAUGAAUAUGCAUAAGUGCGUGUGCACCACUGUGUAAACCCAGCAGCCCUGCGAUGGAUGCCAAGCUUCGAGACGAUCUGUUCCGGAGGUACGUGGCCUUCCUGGAGAAGCGGCUCGAAGAAGGAGUGGGCGGAGCUCAGGGGAACGUGAGGGAGGAAGCCCUCGUCUCCACGGCAACCGCCCUGCUGGGGGCGUGCGAGGCAGAGGCGGGGCAGCGGUUUCGAACAAUCCGCUUCUAUGACAUUGUCGAGAAUUCACUAAGAAUGCUGAAGGGCUCCAACCUGCAUGCGCUGGAGAGCGCCUUCGCCACGCUAGAGACCGUCUGCACAAACCUGCUGCUCUUCCCCUGGAAGAAAGAGUUCCGCUGCAUUAAGAUGUUCACCGGGCCGUACGUGUACCAGCUCCAGUCGGCCAUCUGCGACUCCGAUCUUCGCGCCAUCCUGCGCUCUAUUGGCUACUCUCGGGAUCAGGAUCUGCAAUACGUGAUGAGAGAUCAGCACACCGGCUCCGGGGCCCAUCACCUCCGCCAGCUGGCGUUCGAGCUGCUCCUGGCACAGGCUGAGUGCCGCUUAUUGAGGGAGCGUGGAGGGGGCGUGGCUGAGCUGGAGGCUGUGGAGGUGCGUAGGAACUCCGGCGACGAUGUCGCGCGUUUAUCAGCUCGCCAGAUCGACCUGGACCGCGCCCACCUGAGGCGCAGCGGACGUCCUUCCAAAUCUGUAGACGUGACGGACAGCGCCGGUCACUGGCACCAAGCCAAUAAACCCGUCCUCAAAACCUCGCUGAGCCUCCGCAAAGAGCCGCUAUUCGUAGACGCCGAAGAGGACCUGAAAGACGAGAUCAUCCGCCCCGUCGGAGAUUAUUACCCCUCUCAGCCGUCCGAGCCGUACUCGUACCACCUCUCCUCGCUAGACGAGAUCGAUCUGUAUACGGAGCGAGGGAUGAGCGGCCGUCACACGCCUUCCAGGACGCCCAGUAGGGAAUCUUGGGAAUCCUGGGCGCCAAAGAGUCAUGGAUUGAAGUGUCAGGGCUGCGGAUUGAGCUCACUGACACUCUCUUCCUGUCAGAGGUGCGACGCCAUCCUUUGCCCGACGUGCCACGGCUCGGACCCCGCCCCUUGCUGCGGCUUUCCGGACUUCCCCAAAAAUUCCUCGCGCCCUCUGGACGGCUACCUGCCGGUCAAGGAGAAGCUUUCGGUUUAUUCCAGUUCGCACCCACAUGCUCAUGCUCACACACACACUCACACACACCCGCUGUCACACUCGCAUUCCCACUCGCCUCAUCUGGACAAGCCCGUGAUCGGAGCCAAGUUGUUCCAGAGCAAACCGCCGUCCACGUCGGGAGCGUCAGCGGCGUCCGCCCCCGGAGUGUCACGCUGCGGCUUCUGUAACAAAACCGGAGCCUCGCACACGUGUGUAAAUUGUUCCAAGGUGUCGUGCGACACGUGUACAGGUCUUUACAUGGGCGACGUCUGCACACGCAAGAGCCUGCACCAUAACUUCGUACCCAACCACCAGCUCAACUACAAAUCCAGCACCAUUUCUCAUCUGGUGUAUCGAUAAAUAAACAAUCUGCACCUUUCUGUUCUUUUAGAUUUCUCUGCCUCCCUCGUCACACGAUCUCGUCCUUCUUCCCGCUCUCUACCUUUACUCUCCUGCCUUGACUUUCUUGAUGGUAAAGAGAGAAGAACAAAGCGGACGACGGAGGAAAAAGAAAAAAAACCCGGACGAUGACAUAUGCAACCUACGUUACACAAAAGACAAGAAAUCUCCUGCCUCUGGAGAUGUAAAGAAGCUUGAACAAACCUGAACAAAGGGAAGACACACACACACACACACACACACACACACACACACACACAAAACAAACACUGGAAAUUCAGUAGUAUAUAUAUUUUGAAUCUUAAAUCUAUAGAUCUAUGUGAGACUCUGGAACACUUCCGCCGUCGUGACAUGUCGGUUCGGAUGACAAAUAUUUUCACGUGUCCCACGAAGCUGUCCAAAAUGCUGCUGUGAAAUAAAUCAGGUGGAGAAAGUCGACGCCCCGAUCACAUCGAUUGUGUUGGAGUGAAGCUGCGACGUGCUGCACAGAGACAGUGUUACCUUUCCUUCUUUUUUUAUUUAUUCUCCUCACUUACGCUGCAGGUUUUUGCUGAUAUCCAGCUGUCAGUUAGGGACAUGAGAUUAGGGACAAAAUGUCAUUCCAGAUUCCAGAAUUCAGGACCUUUUAUAAUAAACUCCUCUCAUUUAAUGACCCGUUUCGUUAUCGGCUUUAAAAAAAGGAGCCGAUAAAUCAGUACAAAUAAAAACGCUUUUUACCCUUUUAAUAUUUUACCCUCUUUACAAUUCUGACUAAAGAGGACAAAAUAUCAUUUAAUCCUUUUAACUUCCCACUUAAACUGUUUUACGUUUAAUAAGUGAAAUAAAAUAAAGUCUAAUAAAAUCCUAACAAAUGUCUCUUUAGAUGGAAACGAUUCCGCCACAAAUUCUUAUAUUUAUCUUUAUAUUUUUUUUCUUGAUAUCUGAUCCACCAUCUGUGGCAGGUAUCAGACCCGUACUGACCGAUACAGAGGAUCGGAUCGGAUCGGAUCUCGUCACUCGUUCGUUUAUUCACGCUUCCGUUCCCAGUCCGGUGUCGUGUUGAGUAAUAAAUUGAGAUCCCAGAACUCAGGAGAGCUCAGAAAAGUGUCUUGCGACACAAUAUAUCACCGUGUUAUACAUAAAAAUAGUGUUUUCUAAAAGUGUGUAUAACUAUUAAUAAAUAUAAAUAAAUAAAUAACAGCAGGUGAAGAUACACGUGAUCCGUUUAGCUAAUCUGAGCUCGCUAGCUAGAGCUGGGGAGAGAAAUGGUGGAAAUUCUGUCGCUCCGGACGAUUAGAUGACACAAAGCAAACCGUCACCAUCACACACGACUAAUUGUGUAGUUUCACACACGAGAGUGCGAGACGUCUGAGCGAGCGGAUCGGAUUUCACCUCCUGACAGGACGCUAGCAAGCUUUUCCUCUGCGCCGUUGUUUCCUCUUCCUUUAUUUUUCAUGACCACAAGCUUUUGUUUAAACUUACACGCCGGAGACGGAACUUCUUUCCUUCCUUUUAAAUGUUCCCAGAAACGUACAACUUAAUCUGUGUGGUUAAAAGUUUGUGCACCCUCUGACCAUCCCACACUCGUUGACCUGAUUAUUCUCUUCUGGGAAGCUUUAUGCUAGAUGUUAGUGUGUCUGUGGGGAUUAGUGAUCGUUUCACUAUAGCGAGAUCAGACUCUGAUGUUCAGGAUGUUGACGACACUCACACGGUUCAGUGGGGUUGAGUCUGAGUCACGGUUCAGUGCAGGACGUGGAGAUAUCGCUAUUGUUGUGAGUUAUUAGGCUCUUAAUCCUGACAGGUUAUAAGUUAAGAAUUAAUAAAUUCACUGUUAUAUAUUGUAUUAAUAUUUAUUUUUUUAGAUUAACUGAUGAAUUUAAAUUUCAUUCAGAAUAUUCAUCAUUCGGUUCAGUCUUCACCUCUGAUUGACUUGGUUCGGUUUACAAAUGAACGUGUUCUAUUUAAACGAUUAUUUCCUUAAACUGUCGCGCGUAACUGCUAACGAAACACUUGGGUUUUUUUUUUCUGUUUUGUUUUGAGUCGCCGAAAAAGAAGCAACAAGCAAAACACACACAAAAAAGAUCGCUCAAGUGCCACGACCUGAAUCAGGACAACAGCGAAGUGUUAAAGUCUGUGAUUGUGUGUGUUUGUGCAGCGAGACUGAAUCAGUGUGAUCGGGGUGAAGCUCGUCUCCGACAAGCUCACCGUCGUACAGUCCUCUGUUUUCAUUAGAUUUUUUGCCUCAGUACAGCUGUGCAGAUGACCAUCAAGUCAUUUGAACUGGAUUAAUGUUUCUGGACAUGUUUCUUACACACACACACACACACACACACCUUUUUUUCCCUUUACACUGCUGGUGUAUUUUCCCCAUAAUAAUCCUGCACUAAUGCUGUGUUCAUUCGGGUGAUUCAGGGUUUUCUAACCGCGUAGAGACGAAGCUGUUGGAGGACGAAACCUUCAACCCUUCAGUCAGAAAAUCCGUUUCGUAAACCUUUUACUUUGUACCAGCUGUUUUUUUUCUCUACUGAAAUAUCACAGGGCCUUUUUACACCUGGUCACUUCCUGCAUUUUCUGUGAUCAUAUAGAUAUCCGAUGGUAAAAAGACCAGGUCUAAAUGCCCUCGUAAACGUUUCAGAGACUGAUAUAAAUCCGACAGUACAAACCCCUUCAGGAGGUGGUCUGGGACGUGUUUCAGAUGAAACUGGACAGGUGUAAAUGAAUGUGUUUGUUCAAGCCACAUACGUCAGCACUAAACUCCUCCCAAACAGAAGUACGUCACUCAGGUGAUCUUUCACACAGGCGUCUCGUCGGGUCUUAAAACGCGCUGCUGCUGGCAGAGAAAAUGCAGCAAACAGUAAACGCUGUUUUUUGUAACAUAAACGUCGUAACCAGUUUAAUCGUCGUCUUUUUGAUCAUGUUCUGAAAACCGCACACACCAAAGUGUGUUCUGGUUCAGUUACCCCGGAACUGAGGUCAAAUAUAUUAGCAUUUUGUGCAGGAGUAGAAAGAUCGAUUCGCCGUGACGCAUUUAUGUGGUCUAAUGUAAAUGGAACAGUUUUAACAAAUCAGAUAGAUAUCGGAUCAGAGACAACACAUGAAGUGACCAGGGGUAAAAAGGCCCAGAGAAAACACAUGAAGUGACCAGGGGUAAAAAGGCCCAGAGAAAACACAUGAAGUGACCAGGGGUAAAAAGGCCCAGAGAAAACACAUGAAGUGACCAGGGGUAAAAAGACCCAUACGGCGAGAUGACGAGACGUUUCUACGCUACAAGACGUUCGUCACAGUAACUAGCAGCCGAACGAAAAUCUGAACGCAUCGUAUUUUAUUGUUGGUCACAUAACACAAUCAUACACAACAGGACGUGCAGUGAAACGGUUUCUCAUCACUGUCUGUGUUCUAAAAAGAAUCUAAUAGAGUGAGGUGUAAAAAAUAUAAGGUUUUACAGUAAGAAUAAGAUUAAAGAGAUAAAAUAUCACAGCAGACUUGAUUGUGGUGAUUCUGCUGAAGAAUCGACUGAAAUCUGAUUCAAAAUAAAUAAAACAUGAACCAGUCGUUUAUUUUCUAAA